CUUUCUGUUUUCCCAGCUGCGCUUUUGUUACAGUCAUGAACUCUGCUCCUAAGACCAAUAAUUAUGAAGUCAUAGUUGAAAACGUUAAAAAUUUUUUAAAAACUUAUCAGAAUGAAGCUCUUCAAAAAGUUUACUACGAACAAAUUAUAGAGAUUGCCACACGUCAGAGAGAAAUAAUUGUUAUUGAUCUUGAGGAUCUAAUUAAAGAUUCUUCUUUGGGUGAACUUUGGGUAAAAAAUAUGAAAGCGAAUGUUUUGCGUUAUAGGAAUGCUUUUUACGACGCAGUGGAUUGUAUAAUUGAAGAGAUGAACAUUUCGGAAACGGGAAACGCCGUAAGAUCCGUGGAUGAUAUGUUUCUUCUUCACCGGCGCCAGUUUGCUGCUGUGCAUAACCAAACUUUGUUGCCUUCGUUGAUGCGGAGAUACGAAGUUGUUGUGAAGGCUCCCCUCUCCCAAAGAGAACUUUCAGUCCGGGAGCUCCAUGGUAACGAUAUCGGCUCUUUGGUGAAAGUGAAGGCAAUGGUUACACGCGUUUCUGAAGUAAAACCGAGGAUGACAGUGGCCACUUAUAUAUGCAUGCAGUGCAACGGUGAGACCUUUCAGGAGGUCCUCUCUCCCCAGUUCAUGCCACUUUCCACGUGUUUGAACCAGGAGUGCUUGAGAGCAAACAGAAGUGGUGCUAAACUAGUGAUGCAAACAAGGGGAUCUAAGUUUGUAAAGUUCCAAGAAAUUCGUAUACAAGAACUGGCCUGCCACGUCCCUGUGGGCCACACGCCGAGAACGUUGAGUCUUCACGCACGCGGGUUCUCCACUAGAAAAACUAACCCUGGCGAUGUCGUUGCAAUAACUGGAUGUUAUUUGCCGAUCAUUGAGUCUGGAUUUGCGUCCUUGCGCUCUGGCUUGCUCGCUACCACUUAUAUCGAGGCCUUUGACAUCCUCCCCGACAAAACAAUGGAUGGGUCCUUCAAGUUAUCUGCCUCAGCUCAGCAGGAACUGACCCUCCUUACACGAGAACCUGAAGAAAAUUACACGAGGUUGUCGCAGUCUUUAGCACCCGAAAUCUUUGGCCUUGAAGACGUUAAAAAGGCUCUUGUCCUUAUGCUAGUGGGCGGCGUGGGGAAAGACGAUUCUUCUUCUCAGCUGAAAGUCCGAGGAGAUAUUAACAUCUGUCUAAUGGGCGAUCCGGGAGUUGCCAAAUCUCAGCUUUUGAAGUAUCUCUGCGGAGUGGUUCCGCGCGGUAUCUACACCACAGGAAAAGGAAGCUCGGGAGUUGGCUUGACGGCUUCUGUUCAGAAGGACCCAUUAACCGAGGACCUUGUUUUAGAGGGGGGCGCUCUGGUGUUAGCUGACAAGGGUGUUUGCGCCAUCGACGAAUUCGACAAGAUGGACGACACGGACAGAACGUCUAUCUAUGAAGUGAUGGAGCAACAAACCAUAUCAAUAGCUAAAGCAGGAAUAACCACAACUCUCAAUGCCCGCACAUCCAUACUGGCCGCGGCCAAUCCCGUGUUUGGUCGGUACGACCACCAGAAGUCUCUUACUGAAAAUAUUAAUCUUCCGGCCGCCCUGCUGUCAAGGUUCGAUCUUCUCUUCUUGCUAUUGGACCGACCUUCCCUAGAGGAUGACAUGCGUCUUGCUGAGCACGUGACGCAUGUGCACCAGCACAACCGGCAUCCUGAUAUCGGCUUUCCCUUACUUUCCAUGGAAGCUAUUAGAGCAUUUGCCUCUAUGGCAAAGUCAUUUACGCCCGCUCUGCCGCCAGACGUUUCUGACUAUAUUGUCGAUAUGUACGCUGAUAUGCGCCGCCGCUCUCUUCAGCUGGAUGUCACUGAAAUAAAAGUCACCCCGAGGACGCUGCUCUCUAUUAUUCGUCUCUGCACAGCUUUGGCUCGAGUCCGCCUCUCCACUGAAGUAGAAAUUUCGGAUGUUGAUGAAGCGAUUCGGUUGAUAAACGCAGCCGGUGUAUCAUUGAAGGCAGAAAAGCAUGACAGAUAUGAAAGAAGAAAGCACUACAAAGACUACAUCUAUGCGAUUAUCCAGUCCAUUAUAAACGCAUCUCCCAAUGGCAUUAUUAGCUAUGAGCGUGCCAGGCGUUCGGUGCUGAACAGGGGCUACAGCCAGCGUCAGUUCGAAGCGACCAUCAAUGCAUACCAGGAGACAAGCAUCUUUAUGGUGGACGAUGCCCGCACGGUUAUCAAGUGUAUCAGCUAGACGCCUCCACUUGUAGUUAAUAA